UUUUGGCUCUCAGAGCGCUGGACGGGCGCAGGGACGCAGGACGAGGCCCAGCCAUGCUCCCUCCGACGGCCCUCUUUGGGCUGCUCCUGCUGCUUUGGCUGGGGGUCUUCGCUUUGGAGCCCCCUCCGCCCCAUGCCUCCUGUGGCCCUGAAGGCUGCUACGCCGUCUACUUCCAGCGUCGCAGUUUUUUAGAGGCCUGGCGUAGCUGUCGGGAAAUGGGGGGCAACUUGGCCACCCUCAAACGGGCCGAGGAAGCGACUCAGGUCGAGCAGCUGCUCCAGAGCCAUGCAGAAUCGGGGAUGGAGCAGCCCCGACGGUUGUUCUGGAUCGGCCUGCAGCGGCCUCCUCGGCAGUGCCAUCCUCAGCGGCCGCUCAGGGGCUUUGCGUGGACCACCGGCGAACAGGAGACUAGUUACACCAACUGGGCAUCUUCUGCCGUUGGAAGUAACAGCGUAGGCUGCUCUGCUCCUCGGUGUGUGGUACUGGACGAUGUGGAUUUUGAAUGGAUUGAAGGCUCCUGCACGGUGCCAGUGGACGGCUUCCUUUGCCACUUCACCUUCCGAGGGAUGUGCCCCGGCCUUGAUGGGGCACACAGCGAGAGCCGGGGACUCCGUGCCGUUAGUUACAGCACCCCUUUCGGCCCAUCCGGACCUGGCUUGGCCUUUGUGCCCUUUGGGACAGUGGCGGCCGUCAUCUGUGCCGGGACAGAUCCAUCGGGGCCGUCGGUGGCAUCGCUGCUGUGUCUCGAGAAAGAGGACGGCUCGGUGGCGUGGUCCGAGACGUCAGGAAUUCUGUGCCCAGAACAGAGUGCCCAUUUCCCAAUGCCCAGCGGUUGCGAAGGAGAUAACGGUGGGUGCCAACAACUCUGCCUGGACGAAGCUGAUGACGGAGGCUACUCCUGCGAAUGCCACGAUGGCUACUACCUCCUCCCCGAUGGCCACUCCUGCGCCGAAUCCUCCUCGGCUCACGAUCCAUGUCCUUGUCCCUUUGGAUGCCAGACCUUGCCCGAUGGCAGCCAACAGUGUCAGUGUCCAGCUGGCUAUGAACCCAGUGAUGAUCAUCGCGACUGCCUGGACGUCGACGAAUGCUCAGAAGUGCCCUGCGACCACCAGUGUGAAAACACCGAAGGCUCCUUCCUUUGCCGUUGCCAUCUGGGCUUCGGCCCUUCCGAGGAGGAUCCCAGCCAGUGCACCGACACAGACGAGUGCCAAUUCCCUGGCGUGUGCCAACAGAUGUGCGUCAACUACGUGGGUGGCUUCGAGUGCUACUGCACCGAGGGCUACGAGCUGGAUGCUGACGGCAUCAGCUGCCUCUUGGUGGCCAAUUUGCCGCCUUUGGCCACCGCCGAGAGCCACCCACAAGGCGUUGGCGGUGGCUACUUUCAGCCUUUUGGCCACGGCUGGCCCCCUGAACGGGAUAUGGAGGGGCGCCACUUCUUAGACGACCGCUGGACUGCAUCGGAUGCUUUCUCUGUCUUCCGAGAUGUUGAAGUGGACGCUUCGUCUUCGAUACCAGACCCUCGAGUGGUGCCCCGCAUGGUGCCGGACACAGAGCCCCCUGAUGUCCACUUACCACCCUUGGAUUGGAGCCCCGCGGAAGUGGAGCCCCAACUCCCUUCCCUAGAGCUCGAAUGGAAGACCAGCUCUGUGGCCCCUACUCCUGGCCCCAGACCCACUCACACUAUCCUCCCCACCUCUGAUCCCACUCACUCCUCAGAGUCCAAUCCAGACCUUACCACUCCUGAUACCCCCACUCAACCGCCAUUGCUAUCCACUGGUUUACUCGACGUCAAUAAAGGUGCUGCAGUUUGGAGGAUAAGGGCACUCCCUGCCACUCCAACUCCACCAAGUCCCACCCCGAUCGCGGAGGAGAGUGGUGCCCAGGUGAGGCGGGAUGACCGCUGGCUCCUGGUUGCCCUGCUGGUGCCCCUCUGCGUUUUCCUGGUUAUCAUGCUGGCCUUGGGCAUCGUCUACUGCACCCGCUGCGGUGCUCAGGCCAAGACAAGAAGCGUGACCCAGUGUUACCGCUGGGUCAUCAGCUCAGCCGGGAAAGGGGCCCCGCCACCAGCACCAUCCUCCCGGCCGGGCCAAAGCACCACGUGCCGGACCAGCGUCUGAGCCACGCAUUGGGCCCGGUGCCCCUCUCUUGGGACACACUGUGACACAGCUGCUGACUUUUGGGCAGAAAAGACGCAACAUCCAAAGCUCUGAACGGGAUGUAGGCCACCAACGCAGAGCUAGAACUUGCUGUUUCAGGGCUACAACUCCCAGCAUCCUUUCUGGCAGGAGUUGUAGGUCAACAAAGAGCAGCUUUGAGCUCCUUUCCUCGCCACACGUCCGGGACAUACAGAACCUCAGGAGGACAGGCUGGUUGACGAUGGGGUGGACAUAAGCCAACGCCGAGGAGGCCUUUUUAGGACAACGAGACCCUUUGCCGGCAGAGGAAGACCUCCUCUUGCCAACUAGGAUAUACACCCACAAGAGGCUCCAGUGCUUGGCCACCUUUGCUCCAUUUGGCUCAGUAUCUAAGGCCACUCAGUCCAACCCCAUUCCACCAGGCAGGAAGACACAAUCGAAGCCCUCCUGACAGAUGGCCAUCCCGCCUCUGGAUGACCACAUCUCUGGUAUCAGAGAGGACACGUCUUUCUGUCACUGGAGGUGCGGUGGACUUUAACUCAGGACACCCCUUUGCGGUACGGUUUGGUGACUUGGAGCGUGGUGCCUAGAGAUCCAGUUGUUAUUAGUGCUCCUAACCAAACGUCCCCUGUGUCCCAGGCCCAUUCAGUCCAACCCCAGGAAGACACCAUCAAAUCCCUCCCAACAGAUGGCCAUCCCGCUUCUGCUUCGAAAACCUCUCGAGGAGAGCUGCUGAUGGGAAGGAGAACUCUGCAUCCUCAGGACCAAACUUUGAGACCUUCUCCCUUUUGCCAGAUCCUUGGGGGAAAUCCGGCCCCGGCUGGCAUGGGGCCCGAUCCAUGCCCCAAAAGGACUCGGGAUACAGAGGGCACCAUUUGGAAAGCGAGGUUUCUUUACUUCUUUGUGAAUGUGUCAAGGGAGGGGGCUUUGGGUCUGUGUGGAUUGUGUCUCCUGAUGUACUUUUCCUUUGUGAUGGGAUCGGUUCUCCCCACUUUGUGUGAUAUUUCCCCCUUUUCCUAUGUCCAAUAAAAGGGACUGGUGCCUC